AUGGGCAAGAAAGAUUCUGGAGCCGAAGGCGACGCAGCCAUUGGUGCCAAACUAUUCAACCAACGUUGUGCAACAUGCCACACAGUUGACGAAUGCGCACCCCACAAAGUCGGACCCAACCUGCAUGGUCUUUUUGGCCGUAAGACCGGACAAGCCCCCGGUUACAAUUACACCGAAGCCAACAUAAAGAAAGGUAUCACAUGGUCCGAAGAGACUCUUAUGGAGUACCUGAUCGACCCCAAGAAGUACAUUCCUGGAACCAAGAUGGCUUUCGCUGGCUUGAAGAAGGAGAAAGAACGUGCCAACAUCGUUGCUUACCUGAAGAAAGCCACCUGCUAA